AUGACCCUGCCACAGACAUUUCUUUUAAUGGGAGCUCUGCUCUUGUUUUGUGCACCGAAUGCGUGGUCCGUUUCCGAGAACAAAUGCACAGCCAUCGCGCAGUAUAAGGAGUCAAAUAUCAGCUACGGCUUUGUGCCGCACAUCCUGAAAGCCCUGGAGGUCUAUCGACCAUGUGAACUAGGGGAUCCGAAGUGCCUCUGCCAUGCCCAAACCAUCCGGAAGGAUUUGGAGCAUUAUAUAAGCAAUGACAUCACACCGGAGAUGAUGGCACAGUCCAGGCGUGGUCGCCUCUAUCGCCAGAAGAACUGCUCGAAUCCCAAGCGUUGCGCGGACGUGGAGGAUCUCCUCUUGGACAUUGUGGGUCAUCUGCCAGAUGUGGAAUUCGUUCUCAAUGUGCGCGACUGGCCACAGGUUCAUUUUCUGUCUGGUUUAAGUGGCCCGGUAUUCUCCUACUCAGAGCUUCAUUUGGAUAUCAUGUACCCGGCUUGGUCGUUUUGGACCACCACGGGUCCCAUCCUGCAGCACUAUCCACAUGGCCUGGGUCGCUGGGAUUGGAUGCGCCAGCAUUUAGCGGCUAGGGCGGCAAGGAUUCCAUGGGAUGACAAGCAAUCAGUGGGCUUCUUUAGGGGCUCACGGUCUUCGCCGGAACGAGACAAUCUGGUGAGGCUCUCACGCAGAUGUCCAGACCUCGUCGAUGCUCAGUAUACAGCUGAACCCACCGAGGAAAUACCUUUAGUGGAACACUGCCAAUACAAAUAUCUGUUUAAUUUCCAUGGCGUGGCUGCAAGUUUCCGACUGCGGCACAUCCUGCUCUGCCGCUCGUUGGUGCUCCAUGUGGGCGAUCAGUGGCAGGAGUUCUUCUACAGCCAACUGAAGCCCUGGGUGCACUACGUUCCCGUGGCCAGUGAUGCGGAUGUGGAGGAGCUGGCAGAGCUUGUGCUCUAUCUGCGCGAUCACGACGAUCUGGCGGAGGAGAUUGCGGACAGGGGACACCAGUUCGUUUGGCUGCACCUGCGAAUGGAGGAUGUGCAAUGCUAUUGGAGGAAGCUGCUCAGGGAAUACGCAAAAUUGUUGACCUAUAGAGUGCAUCUGGAGCAGGGAUUCCUCGAGGUGUCCAACAAAAGGGCGUUGCAGCUAUAUCGAGGUUAAUAAACUCUAAAUUUAACAUAUAAA